AUGUCUUUCGGAGGUAACAACAACAACAGCAGCAGCAACUACGGCAACAACGACAGAGACCAGUCUACUCUCGGCAAGAUCGGUGACAAGAUCAAGGGUGCUCUCGGCAAUGACGACAAUGAGCGUGGCUCCGGCUCUGGUUCUGGCAACUACGGCUCUGGUUCCGGUUCCGGUUCUGGUAACUACGGCUCGGGAUCGGGCUCUGGUUCUGGCAACUACGGAUCUGGCUCUGGUUCCGGCUCCGGUUCCGGUAACUAUGGCUCUAGCUCUGGUUCUGGUUCUGGUAACUACGGUUCCAGUUCUGGUUCUGGUUCUGGCAACUACGGCUCCUCUGGCUCUGGUUCUGGUUCCGGCUCUGGCAGCUAUGGCUCCUCUAGCCACGGUUCCUCUGGUAACCACGGCUCUUCCAGCCACGGUGGUAACCUGAGCUCUUCUGGUAACUACGGUUCUUCCGGCAGAGGUGGUAACGACUCUUACGGUUCCUCUGGUUCCGGUUCCGGUUCCGGUUCUGGUUCUGGCAGCUACGGCUCUAGCACUGGAUCUGGUAGAGGCGGCAACGACUCAUACGGUUCUGGUUCUGGUUCUGGUUCCGGUAGAGGUGAUAACGACUCUUACGGUUCUUCUUCUGGCUCCGGCAGAGGCAAUGACUCUUACGGUUCUGGCUCCGGUUUUGGUAGAGGCGGCAACGACUCCUAUGGUUCUGGUUCUGGCUCUGGCUCUGGAAGAGGCGGUAACGACUCUUACGGCUCCUCUGGCAGAAGCGGCUACUAA